ACACAACCCAAGAAAGUUGCUUCUUCAGCUAAUUAAAUGCACUUCUCUCUCUCUCUUCAGCAUAAAGAAGCCAACAAACUCUCAUUUGCUUUGUACCCUUAUCUUAGCUUACACAAUUCUUGUUUAUUUCUUAUUGGGGGUACUUGAAGAAGCAAAUGGGUGGACUUUUCACCUGCUGAAAAUGGAGGGGUCUGUCAGCUUCAGAUUCUUGGUGGGGGCAAUUUUUUUGGGGAUUUUUGUGGGUUGUGGAUGCUCUCUAGAGAAUGCUGCUGAUUCAGCUACUGCAGUGUAUAUUGUGACCCUGAAAAAAGCUCAUUUUAAUGAAGAACUCAACUUGAAGAAUCAAUACCACUCAAGAAAUGGUGGGUCACAGAGAGUUAAUAGAUUUGACAAACCAAGCAAUAUUUCACAUAUAGAUCGCAUGAAUGGUUCCUACGUUUCUCAAAUGCAUGAUUCCUUAUUGAGGAGGGUGUUAAGAGGAGAAAAGUAUCUAAAAGUAUACAGCUACCACUACUUGAUCAAUGGAUUUGCUGUGCUUGUAACACCCCAGCAGGCAUUCAAGCUUGCAAGGAGGAGAGAGGUGUCAAAUAUGGUUUUGGAUUUCUCAGUUAAGACUGCAACCACACAUACACCACAAUUUCUAGGUCUACCUCAUGGGGCAUGGGCUCAAGAAGGUGGCUAUGAAACUGCUGGGGUAGGCAUUGUAAUUGGUUUCAUUGACACUGGAAUUGAUCCUACACACCCCAGCUUCAAUGAUAAGUCACCUGAGCAAACAUAUCCUGUUCCUGAGCACUUCUCUGGCAUUUGUGAGGUCACCCUGGAUUUUCCAUCCGGAUCUUGCAACAGGAAACUUGUUGGUGCCCGUCAUUUUGCAGCAUCUGCUAUAACCAGGGGAAUAUUUAAUGCAACUAAGGACUUUGCUUCUCCUUUUGAUGGUGAUGGUCAUGGAACGCAUACAGCUUCUAUUGCGGCAGGAAACCAUGGAGUCCCUGUUAUUGUAGCUGGACAUGACUUUGGAAAUGCUAGUGGAAUGGCUCCUCAUUCACACAUUGCAGUUUACAAGGCAUUAUACAAGAGUUUUGGUGGCUUUGCUGCAGAUGUCGUUGCUGCCAUAGACCAGGCCGCCCAAGAUGGCGUGGAUAUAAUCAAUUUAUCAAUCACGCCAAACAGGCGUCCUCCUGGUUUGGCGACUUUCUUUAAUCCGAUAGACAUGGCCUUGUUAUCAGCAGUAAAAGCUGGCAUUUUUGUGGUACAAGCAGCUGGCAAUACUGGACCAUCACCUAAGAGUGUUGCUUCGUUCAGCCCAUGGAUCUUCAGUGUUGGUGCUUCAACCCAUGACAGGGUUUACAGCAACUCUAUAUUGCUGGGCAACAACAUCACCAUAUCUGGAGUUGGACUAGCACCUGGAACAGAUAACAUGUACAUGCUUGUUUCUGCAAUUCAUGCUUUGAAUGACACAGCUGCUAAAGAUAUGUAUGUUAGUGAAUGCCAAGAUGCCAGUAAGUUCAAUCAUACGCUCGUUCAAGGGAAUCUCUUGAUUUGUAGCUACUCCAUCCGGUUUGUGCUUGGGCUUUCCACCAUCAAACAGGCCUCAGAAACAGCUAUGAACCUUAGUGCAGCUGGAGUUGUAUUUGCCAUGGAUCCUUUUGUUAUCACCUAUCAACUUAAUCCGGUUCCAAUGAGAUUGCCUGGAAUUAUAAUUCCUUCUCCAGAUGAUGCGAAGAUUUUACUUCAGUACUACAAUUCUUCUCUUGAGAAAGAUGAAACUACAAGGAAAAUCGUCAAGUUUGGGGCUGUUGCCUGCAUUUUGGGGGGAAUAAAACCAAAUUUCAGUUUGUCUGCUCCGAAGGUUAUGUAUUAUUCUGCAAGGGGACCAGAUCCAGAAGACAAUUCUGUUGAUAAUGCAGACAUAUUGAAACCCAACCUAGUUGCUCCAGGAAAUUCUAUAUGGGCUGCUUGGAGUUCCCGCGGCGCUGAAUCGAUUGAAUUUCAAGGUGAAAACUUUGCAAUGAUGUCUGGUACAAGCAUGGCUGCUCCUCAUAUUGCUGGUUUAGCAGCCUUGAUCAAGCAAAAAUUUCCAACCUUUACUCCGGCUGCAAUCGGAUCUGCACUUUCUACAACAGCCUCUCAACAUAAUAAAUAUGGGGGCCCAAUACUAGCCCAGCGUGCAUAUGCCAACCCAGAUUCGAACCAGUCUCCUGCAACACCUUUUGACAUGGGAAGCGGAUUCGUGAAUGCUACUGCAGCACUGGAUCCGGGCCUUAUUUUGGAUACAAGUUAUAACGACUACAUGGCGUUCCUCUGUGGCAUAAAUGGAUCAGCUCCUGUUCUUCUGAAUUACACUGGUGAGAGCUGUGGAGUAUCUACUAUGAAUGGAGCUGACCUAAACAUGCCUUCAAUCACAAUAUCAAAGUUGAACCAAUCAAGAAAAGUUCAAAGAAUGUUGACCAACAUAGCGGGCAAUGAAACAUAUAUUGUCGGUUGGAGCGCACCUAAUGGGGUUUCCAUUAAGGUUACCCCAAAGCGAUUUUUCGUUGCAAGUGGACAGCAGCAGAUCUUGAAUGUGUUCCUCAAUGCUACCAUGAACAGUACAACACCAAGCUUUGGAAGAAUAGGACUUGUAGGAAACAAAGGUCAUGUUGUAAACAUUCCUUUAUCAGUCAUAGUAAAAAUCUCAUACCACUCAACUAACAGCUGAUACUUCUGAUCUUGUAAUUUUGUUAGGUAACCAAUUUUUUUAUUUGCGUCAGGCUCUGUAAAUGUUUUUGUAAUGCAGGUAUCUUAUUGAGGAUGAUAAAUAACCAUAAUUUCAUUUCCUCAA